AGGAAACAAAAUCAUUGCUCCCAAUCUGAGCUUCUAAGAUAUUCCCUUCCAUUUCUCCUUUUUUUUCUCUCUCAAUUUCUUCGUCACCAUCUCCAUGAGUUCAUCAUCAUCUCCAGUUAUAUAAUAAUAUAAACCCUUUUCUUCUCCACAAACCCACCAUUUCAAUGGAUCCAUCUUCAACAAGCUCCGUCAAUGAAUUCUACACUUUCCUCACUCGUGGCUUAGAUGAUCUGGAAAGGGUCUAUCUCUCUAAUUCCUUUAUGUCAAUCCAAUUCCUCCAAAGGGUCCUUUCCCUCCUCAGAUCUUUCCAUUCCCAGCUACUCCUCCUUGUUCAAAAGCUCCAUCUCCCCGUCGGCGACAAGUGGCUCGAUGAAUACAUGGACGAAAGCUCCAAGCUUUGGGAAGCUUGUCAUGUUCUUAAAUCAGGGGUUUCCGGGAUGGAAAAUUACUACUCUUCUGGGUUCAACAUCAUUUCUUCUCUCGAUAAUCAUACACACCUUAACCCACAUCUUUCCAGACAGGUGAUCGGGGCGAUUUCGAGAUGCAGGAGAGAAGCAAUGGGAUUGGAGGAAGAAAACAGGGCGUUCAUGGAGACGAGAAUCCAACCACUCUCGUUGAAAUUCGACGAGAGAGUUUGCAUGGAAUCGAAGCUGAAUGGAUUCAAUGGGUUCAGAGGAGUUCUAUACGCAAUGAGGAACGUGAGCUCAUUGCUGCUGGUGAUAUUACUCAACGGGGUGGUCCAAUCUUGUUGUUGGGAAGAAUCAAUCUUGUUAAGAGAGGAGAACGAAGGGUGUUUUUUAUUCGGGUCGAGUUUCAUGAUAUCGACGACGAGGUUGCGGCGGAGAUUGGCGGAGGAAAUGAAUGGGAAAGGCGGAGGGAUAUUGAUGUACGAGUUCAGAAGAUCAAAGAUGGGAAUGGAAGAGGUGAGGGGGGAGCUGGAGAGGAGAGUUAGUGGAGUGGUGGAGUGGGAAACGGAGGUGGGGUUGAAGGAGAAAGUGGAGAACUUGAAAGGUUGUUUUGGGGUAUUGGGAAGUGGGAUUGACAACAUUGUAGCCCAACUUGAUGAUUUCUUUGACGACAUUGUUGAAGGGAGGAAGAAGCUUUUGGACUUUUGCACUCACAGGUAGA